AAACAGCUGGGCUUUUACGUGCGUUCACAGAGAAACGUGGGGCUGCAGAGCAAAGGGAACACGGCAACGGAUUUAGAUAAGGAUUAUCGCUGUUUUAGUGGUUUCACAGCUAUGCAAAAUAAGAAAAUGCAAGAGGAUUAGUGACACACAUCAAGUGAAGCAAAAUAGCAAAACAGAGUAUGAAAGCCAGACGCGACUCGCCUCAGAGACGAAAAAGAUGCUCAUGUUCAUGAACAGACAUCCAACACAAGGAAAUCUCCAGCUCUGAAAUAUAUUUAAUAUGCUACAAGAUUGUUAUUCUUCACUGCCGUCGGGUAGUAGCGAAAGGUUCCCUGAAGUCUUUGAGCCGUAAGAGCUCAGAGUACAUUCUGCCACAAGUACUUCUGUCAUCAAGGGGAUGUAACGGCACAGUCAAGUUUUCCCUUAAUCGGCGGGACAUUUUGCCAGAGGAAUUUUGCGCUCAAAGAGUUUUUAAACAGAAUGUGAAUAAGGUAUCACUGUUAGAGCUGGCCAUAGAAUGGAGCACCUGGAAUAGUCUCUGCCUUUUUUUAGUUGGAACAAUGGCAGCAUGAAAUCAUAGACUCAAGGUUUUUUCACUUACGUGGAAGGAGGGCAACAUGGCAAAGCCCUUCUACAGGCUUCAGCGCUUCUUGCGACGGACUCAGCUGCUCUUCUUGUUCCUCGGUGUGGCAUACAUUAUGGCUGGAAGUGUUCUUCUUCUGCAGAGACAUGGAUUGGUGGUGUCACAGCGUGGGACGAGCAGUUACUUUCCUUUGCCGUCUUUGCCAUCUCCUCCCAGAGCCCUGGAGGCACCUGCCCUCCGAACAAGUUAUGGAAUAAUGGGAGCUCGGCUAUCCGGAAAGGGGGUUUUAUCCGAAGACAACGCUGGAUCACAAUGGCUGAUCUCUAGAAACCAGGAGAUCCGAUAUCUGAGACGUCGCUGGUUCCACAGCCUCAUGUCCGAACAGGAAGCAUCCAGAGUGGAGAAAGUUCUCCCGAAAAGAAAAAUCCGACACAAAGGCACGUACAUCGGCUGCUUUCUGGAUGAAGCUAAAGACCGGGCGCUCAAAGGGAUGGUGUUUUACGACUUCCGGAAAAUGACCAGCACCUUGUGUCAGGACACCUGCACGGAAAGUGGCUACCAGUUCGCUGGCCUUGAAUAUGGGUCUGAGUGUUACUGUGGAAACCGCAUCACAAGCACUCGGAUGAAAGAGGAGGAGUGUAACUUGGACUGCAAAGGUGAGAAAGGCGCCAUCUGUGGAGGUGUGUCCCGUCUGUCCAUUUACAAGGUGGAGGAGGAUCUUCCUGGCCAGCGGAGAUACAGGAACGUGCGCUACCGGGGCUGCUUCAGAAAACCUGACAACACUUCAGCAGUUUCUCUGGCUCAUGCCAUCCAGCCCAACCUCACCUCUCAGUGGUGCAUCCAGACCUGCAUGGAUCAGGAGUUUCCUCUGGCCCUGGUCAGAAAGCCUGACUGUUUCUGUGGCUACGCUACUCCACGCUUCACUCUUCACGAGCCGGUAAAAGAGGAGCUCUGUGCUGUGGAAAACAGCAGUCUGCCUGCCCAGGGUUCCCGUCAGCUCUUCCUCCAGGUUUAUCAGACACCUGUUCAAGAUUCCAGAUGCACAGAGAAGAAGUUUCUACCUGAGAAGUCCAGCUCACUGGUGGCUCUGUCCAGUUUUCCUGGUGCGGGGAACACCUGGGUGAGGCACCUGAUCGAGCUCGCCACAGGCUACUACACAGGCAGUUACUACUUUGAUGGCACCCUCUACAAUAGAGGCUUCAAGGGUGAGAAAGAUUACUGGAAGAGUGGAAGAACCAUCUGUGUGAAGACACAUGAGAGCGGCCAGCGGGAUAUAGAGAUGUAUGACUCAGCAAUACUGUUGAUAAGAAACCCCUACCGCUCACUCAUGGCUGAGUUCAACCGCAAGUGCGCUGGGCAUCUUGGUUACGCUUCUGAACAGCACUGGAAGAGCAAAGAGUGGCCUGAAUUUGUGGGUAGUUAUGCUUCCUGGUGGGCUUCUCAUGUUUUGGACUGGCUGCGUUAUGGAAAGAAACUUCUGGUAGUGCACUAUGAGGAGUUGCAGGAGUCACUGGUGCCCACAUUGCGAUCCAUCACUUCCUUCCUCAAUACCAGUGUCAGUGAAGAGCGGCUCCUCUGUGCUGAGUGUAACAAGGAUGGCCACUUCAAGCGCUCAGGUGUGCGACGGCCCACCUUUGACCCCUUCACCCCAGAUAUGAAACAACUGAUUGAUGGAUACAUCAGCACUGUGGACCAGGCCCUCAGAGCCAGCAACCAUUCUGGGUUGCCAAAGGAAUAUCUACCAAGAUGAUAAGUCCAGAACUAGAGUACAGGACUGUCUGUCUCGCUCAAGCUCCAGUGCUACAGACUGUGAUGCCCAGGAGAUAUUUUGAUACAUUUUUUUCCUCACAUAUUGAGGUCAGAUAUAAUGCCAUAUGAAGCUGGUGUGCUUUGAGAUCAUCAUGUUUUAACGGCGGUAUGGGGAUCAGUUUGUAAAAGGAAGCAAUUUGCAGACUUGAAGUUGAGACUCAGAAACAUCUCUAGUCGGAGGCUAGUCUCAGCCUCAAACGUCACCCCCACGCACCAUUGGCUAAAUGCAUACGUCUGAUGCAUAUGGGACACAAAAGUGGAAACACUUCUGGAGUGUCAAAGUCGUUAUUGGAUUAGUUGAAUGUUACAGGAUUUUGGGGAGACGUGUGUAGCGCUCUUUAACGUUCCACCUGGAAACAAAGGUGGCGCCAAACCCCCUCACAAAAAAAGAAGGCAGUAGUGUUUACAACUGUGAUGACAAGUGCUUAUCAGGAUCAACUAAACACUGGAGUUUCAAAAGAAUGUGAAAUAUUUAACGUUUGCGGCAUCUUUAAAAUACCUCCGAGAGUUUUACACACCGGUCUGUUAUUGUGGUGACAUUUCCACACCUCGAAACAUGACGCUGAAUGAAAUGAACUGUGAUUGGUUGUUUCACAUGUCAGUCAAAUGGCCUCAUGGCCCCUUGGCCAAUGAAAGCUGCCAUGAAUCCCAGACCUUCAGCCAUCAGUCUGAAGGUCUGGCUACGCGAGACUAGUUAUAGGCAAAAUAAGUCAACAAGAGGCCUAAUAAACAACUGAUGUAAUUGCUUAUGAACUAAUCCGACAUGUACCGUAGAUUAUAAUGACGUCAACCACAAUAACAACAUAAUUUUAUGACUACACAAUGACUUUUUUUUUUUUUUUGUAGGGAAAAUGAAGCCCAUUUACAAAGCUGAUAUCAUAAAUGCUAGGCUAAAUGUUACCUAUUAGUGGUCUGUAACCACAGACACUGCAAAAAUGAUUUUAGUAUUUUUGUCUUUUUUGGUAAAACAUCUUAACAUUCUUAAAACAAGAUACAUUUACUUUGACAAGCAAACUGACAUAAAUAUAAAGACUUAUGUAAAGAAAAGUAUAAAAAUGUAAAAAUAAAACGAAAAAAUGGGGUAACCUUAUCUAUUUGCAGAUUUGUUUUAAGUAUCAACUCUUUUUUUUCCCAGAAAACAAGACAUAAGUUAUUUUGCUCCUCAAGUAAAUUUAUCUUGAUUUAACAUCAUUAAAAAAAUGUUUGUAGUGUAUUGGGGAUAAGGUUGAGGACAAUGUUAUUAUUCGAGAAUCAAGUAUUGAAAAAGUCAUAUUUAUAGGCCACAAAACUACAUUUUAAGUUCAACGUAUCUAUGCUAUAACGGCCCUGAUAGAAGCAGAAUGUAAUAGGAUGUUGUGGAGUAGUAGAAAAAAUAACACAUUUUCUUUCAAACCUUUAAGUUCAACAAAAUAUGACAUGGCAAACAGACUUAGCAUACAUCAAAGUCAAACGAAUAGUGACAGUCCCCAUCCCGCUAGAUUCCUUCAGAAUGGAACGAAAGCUUUCAGCUGGACUAGACAAGACUUGCCUUGCGGAAUGACGCUAGCCUGAUGCUAAUCCUCCCAGAGCUGAUUAGCAUGCUGCCAGCAUGCUCCAGACGUGUCUGGAUUAAGCGCUGGUGUAAUAUUAUUUUGCACAUUGCCAAACUUCUACAAAUUCAGACAAUGUCACUGUAAUGCUAGUGGCAGGAAUCCCACCAGGGGGCUGUUACUGCUGAGUUAUUAAACGAGACGCAAAGGAUCAAUCAGUUAGCAUCAUUCAGCGUCAAAUUUCUCACUGUUUGAGUUUGGUCCAUAAUUUAAUACCAGUGAGUAGGUUCACACGAGCUGAGCUGAGUGUUAACUUUAAACAAACACUCCCCCAUCUGUCAUUGGUCUGAAAAAAAUGAUAGUAACACCCCCAAAAUUACAUCACUGGUUCAGCCAGUGUUGCUAUGCUGGAGUGAUUGGGGUGUUCAAAGAAAAAAAGGGCCAUUUUUAAUAGUGCCAUAGCCAUACUGUUUACAAUUGUUGGAUGAAUCAACCAGGCUGGGAUGGAAGAAAGUUUUUAAUGCUGGAAGAAAACACACACACACACACUUAAAGAGAUAGUUCAUCUAAAAUUUUUAAAUGCAGUCAUCAUUUAUAGAGUUAUUUUAGUAGGAUUUAUUUACUCUUGCCAGGAUUUCUAUAUUGCUGUUUGCACUGUGCAGAUCGAUCGUUGUGUGACAUUCAUGAGAGCUAUAGAGUGUGGAGCAGAUGGCUCCUCAUGCUUUCAGAUCGCUCUCAUGGUACUUUGAUGUCAUGAUCCUUGUGCAGUGAUGCUUCAAGUCCAACGAACAAACAAACACAUGUGCAUAUUUGCAUCUCUUUGAUCGUUCUCUGUAGAUCUCACCUUCUCACGUGCCACGAUUGGUCGAUUACAUACAAUACCAGCAUGUUAUUGGUCAAACUUCUGUACUUUGGAUGUUUUAGGCAAUAUAAAAAUCCUGGCCAGGACGUGUCUUGUAUGAAUGGCAAAUAUGGCCAUACUAUUUCUGUGUGAACUAUUCCUUUAAGCCUUUAUUAACUAUAAACUGUCAAAUUUCUUUGGUACCCAUGACAUUUUUAGGCCCCUAAUGAUUCCCGAAAAGAGAUGUAAAUCAGUGAGCUUAACAGAAGGAUAAUUAAUGAGCCAUAUAUAAGGUUUAAUGAAAUAUAUCAGAUUUGGCUUUAGGUUGGUUCUAUAAGUCUCUGCUGUGGAGAAUAAAAUGCUGUGCGCCCAGUAUGAAUUAUAAAUGAAAUCCAUUGCGCCCCCACUGUGAUUUCCUGCAGGCUUGGUGCUGAGGUCAUUGUGUCUUGUCUGGAGAACUGUGACAGAUUAAUGUCUAAAUGAAACAGAAUUUAUUUUCCGUGCAUAUCUUGUAGAUCGCUGCAGUAUAAGGUGCACACAUGCAGUAAAUUGAUAUGUGUAGUGUGUGGUUGCGAAUGUCUUGUGUGUGUGUGUGUGUGGUGUGUGUGUGUGUGUGUGUGUGUGUGUGUUUGCACGCACAAUUGUGUUCAUGUGCCUCAUUCCAUGGACAAAAAAUGUAAUUUUUUCAUGAGUCAUGUGUGCUGAACUAUCCACAGCAGCAAAUAGGUUCUUUUUCUGCCCUCCUAGGGCAAAGGAAAAAGAGGCAUAAUGAGCUUGUCUUCUUUUUUUAUUUUCAUAAACUCUCUUGACAUCGGUCAGACCCUGCGACUGCUAUUCACUUGUGCAGAUGCUAUUGAGAGGGGCCGGCCCCCCAGGUUUUACUGCUGUUGUGAAAACACAAUGAAUAAAAUUCAUGAUGCAA